AUGCCUUUCGGAAUAUUGGAGGACAAGAAGAUGGAGCUGGUGCCGGGCACAGCUAUCAUGGGUGACAAGGAUUCAAACGAAACACCCCCGGAAUACGCCCACAUCCCACUCGACCAGUUGAAGCACGGAAGGGGCAGAUUCUCCCAUAUUAUUCUCGUGCCUCAGCCGUCCGAUGAUCCAAAUGAUCCAUUGAACUGGCCCCAAUGGCAAAAAGAACUCAUCCUUCUCAUCAUCGGUCUCUCCGCCGGUGUCGUCGGUGCCUUUGGCCCUAUGCUUUCACCCGGUUUCGUGGAAGUCGCAGCUCAACUGAAUAUCACCGUCGAAGUCCUCGCCCAGGCCACCGCCUGGCUCAUCUUGACUUUGGGUCUCUGCGUCUUCCUGUUGAACCCCAUUGCCAAGAUUUAUGGUAAACGUCCUGUCUAUUUGCUUGCUAGUGUGAUCAUGCUCGUCACCAGUUGCUGGGGCGCUGCUUCCAAGGAUUAUUCCUCUUUCUUGGCUAGCCGUGUUGUUUCCGCUAUUGGCAUGGCACCGUACGAGAUUCUUGUCUUGGCCACCAUCAAGGAUAUUUACUUCGUGCACGAACGUGGUACUCGUAUCGCCGUGUGGAAUCUGUUCUUGAUGUGCGGUAUCGCUGGUGGUGCCCUUAUCUCCGGCUACAUCAUUGAGAAUCUUGGUUUCCGCUGGACCUUCUGGGUCUGCGCCAUUCUCUUCGGCGUGUUCUUGUUCGGCAUCAUCUUUUUCGUGCCUGAAACAACAUACAAGCGGCCUCCUAGCUUGGUCGCUCAGCUCACAGCCAAUGAAAAGACCUCAGACUAUGUGGAAGAUGGCGAAAAGAACACAACAGUCCAGUUGGAGACCACUACACCCAUCCCCCAGGGAGAACCAGUCCCCCGGGCUCGCAUGCCAUAUAUCCAGACUCUUCGUGUCUUUACUGGCAGAUACAGUGAAGCCUCGCCAUUAAAGAUCUUUGCUCGCCCCUUCGUCCUCUUCUUCUAUCCUUCUGUGCUCUGGAGUUUCCUCCUCUAUGGCACAACCCUCACCUGGAUUGUCGUCUUCUCCGUCGUCAACGGCGUCAUCUUCGUCGAAGCCCCUUAUAACUUCUCCGUCUCCCAAACCGGCCUUAUCAGUCUCUCCCCCUUCAUCCUCACCCUCAUCGGCGAAGUUAUCUCCGGCCCCAUGAACGACUGGAUCUGCGUGUACCUCACCAACAAAAACCGCGGUAUCUACGAGCCCGAAUUCCGUCUGCCCCUCGUCAUCCUCACCGUUAUCCUGGGUAGUGUCGGCUUCUUUGGUUUCGGCGCCACAGUCCACUUCCAAACCCACUGGACUGGACCCGUGCUCUGCUUCGGUUUGGCAAACAUGGCCAUGGCCUUUGCGUCUACCAGCGCUUUCGGAUACGUCAUUGACUGCUACCCCAAUCUUAGUGAGGAGAUUUUCGUCUCGGUCAACGCUCGUAACUUGUUGACUUUCGGAUUCACAUAUUUCGUUAAUACCUGGUUGGAGAAGAAUGGUGUCUUGAUUGUGUUCAGUGCUUUGGGUGCCAUGUUCUUGUUUGUCUGUUUCUUGACCGUUCCCAUGUGGAUCUUUGGAAAGAGAAUCAGGAGCUGGAUCGGACGCAACCAGUGGUUGCAGAACUUCAUGACCGAUGACGACUAA